AUGGACAAGAUCAAGGUCAAGUACCAGCUCAAAAACGAAGACUGGAAACCCUCACCAAUCACAGCUCUAGCCACAAGCAUCGACGGCUCACGCGUCGCCGCUUCACGCGAGGACGGUUCCUUGGAGCUUUGGCUCGUUUCUCCUAAUACUAUAGGCUGGCACUGUCAAUUGACUAUUCAUGGUGAUCCUAAUAGGAUUGUAUCGUCGCUACUUUGGUGUCCUGGUGGGAAAAAAGAGUUUCCGCAUGGUCGUUUGUUUUCUUCUAAUAUUGAUGGGUCUGUUUCCUUUUGGGAUCUUUAUCACUUGAAGCAAACGAUGGUGCUUGAAUCUAAUGGUGUGUCAAUCUGGCAAAUGGCUGUGGCUCUGUCUAAAAGUGACGAUGGCAAAACCAAUGGUGUUCACAUGGAAAAUGGUUUUUCGAAGAGAUUUCUUAAUGGUUUUGAUGAACAUGAGGACAAUGAAAGUGAUGAAGAUUACGAAUCCGAUUCACCUGAAGUUCUAAAGCAAUCCAGUUUAGAGGGUCCAAGAGUAGCAGUUGGCUUUGAUGAUGGAUGUGUUAGAAUUUACACUAUAUCUGAUUCAAAUGAAUUUAUAUACUUGAAAUCCUUGACCCGGGUCACAGGACGAGUUUUAAGUGUGGCUUGGAGCGACGAUGCUAAGUUCAUAUUUUCAGGAAGUAGUGAUGGGAUAAUUCGUAUCUGGAAUGCCAAAUUGGGUCUUGAAGCCCAUAGGAUUCCAGCUAGACUGGGUGGUGACAGUGGACAUGAACUUUGCAUAUGGUCACUACUGUAUUUAAGGUCUGGGACACUUGUUAGUGGCGACAGCAGUGGGAGCGUCCAGUUUUGGGACUGCCAACUAGGAGCUCCGUCUCAAGAACCUAUUACUCGUCACAAGGGAGAUGUACAUGCUCUGGCAGCAGCCCCUAAUCACAAUAUGGUGUUCUCUGCCGGUUCUGAUGGAAAGGUUGUUCUUUAUAAACUGUCUUCAUCAACCACGGAGAAAGAGAAUUGGGUCUACGUUGAUUAUAAGAAAGGUCAUUCACAUGAUGUCCGAGCCUUGACUGUUGCUGUGCCAAUUAGCCAAGAAGAUGCUUUGCCUGAUGAAAGGAUCAAAAGAGCUCGUCUUGAACUAAAGUCAGAUGAUGAAAGGAUCAAAAGAGCUCGUCAUGAACUAAAGCCAGAUGAUUCUAGUUACCACAAAUGGGCUCAUUCAGGGCAUCCCAUGCUUAUCUCAGCUGGAGAUGACACAAAACUCUAUGCAUAUGCUGUUAAAGAAUUCACCGGGUUUAAACCUCAUUGUAUCUGUCCUUUGCCUCAGAGAACACCCAUUCAAGUAGCACUUAAUACUUCCUUCAAUCAAUCACCCAUGCUUUUACUACAGUCUUCACAUUGGUUAGAAGUCCGUUUGCUACAUCUCAAAAAUGUUCGCAGAACUGGAGACUAUGCAAAGGCUGAAAGUGUUGGGCGAUUCAAGAUUAAGGCAUCUCUGGAGAGAUCUGAAGCAGGAAUAAUUACAUGGAGUUUUGGUAAAAGGAAGCUUCCCGAGAGAUUACCUACUGCCCAUUCAAUGAUUUUUUCUCAUGACUCUUCUUGGUUGAUAGUAGCUGGCCUUGAUAGAAGGAUAUAUGUUGUGGAUGCCAAUAGCUCGGAACUGAUACAUACUUUUACACCGUUUCGUGAAUCACAAGAUAAUGGAUUAUCACCAGCCGAACCACCCAUCACAAAAUUGUGUACUAGUUCUGAUAGACAGUGGUUGGCCGCCGUGAAUUGCUUUGGGGAUAUAUAUGUAUUUAACUUGGAGACACUAAGGCAGCACUGGUUCAUUUCGAGAUUGGGUGGUGCCUCUGUUACAGCGGCUGGAUUUCCACCUCAGAACAACAAUGUACUGAUAGUUACAACUUCUUCAAAUCAAGUGUAUGCAUUUGAUGUAGAGGCCAGACAAUUGGGGGAAUGGUCAGUGCGGAAUACAUUUGUUCUUCCCAAGAGAUUUCACGAGUUUCCGGGUGAAGUCAUUGGACUUUCAUUCCCUCCCUCUUCAACUUCAUCUUCAGUAAUGGUCUAUAGCUCCAGGGCGAUGUGCUUGAUCGACUUCGGCUUGCCCGUGAAUCAAGAUGAAGGUGAAAAGUUACAUACUCGAGAUUCAGUGGUCAAGAAUUCGCCAAAUUUAAAUGAAAAACCAUGGUCUGAUGUAGUCAAUAACUUAGAAGUUCAACCUGUCCACAGACAUAUUUAUGGGACAUAG